AUGAUCUGUCCAGGUGAGGAGGGUACACCGUUACCGUAUACCGCAUCGCCCGUGAGAUUACUAUGGAGCGACUUGGUUCUCUUCAUCAACAAGAUUUGGGCGCUACCAGGGAUCUUUCUGCCCCUGAAUCUAAGUCGCACCGGGCCAUGGGAUGAGUUCUAUCCGUCGUUGCGCAAUGGGCUCAUCGUGGUGUUACAUAUGUUUCUUAUGGUUUACCAAGUUGCGCUUCUGUUUUCGCUGCCAGUCAUGGUUCUAUUCAUGAUACCUGCUCUUUGGAUUCUAAUUUAUAUUGCCGGUGCAUUUUUACUCAACUAUGUGAUUGUUAUGGUUGGAUUGAAUGGAUUUCGGCGAAUAUUGAUUUCGCAAGUGCCUGUAACUGAACGGCCGGGUCAUGAGCGGGAGUCUUGGUUCUAUAUCAAUGGAAUUGCAGCUGGAAGUCGAUGGGCUCAGAUGAAUGUUGAUCAACUAUCUAGUACCUUUGGACGAAGGAUAAUCGGCAUACAUAAUCGCACCGCUGGAGUCGUCUUUGAUCUGGUUGAAUGCCUGAUUCAGCGAGACUUUUCUUAUGCUACAGGAGACAUCAGGGAUUCUUAUUCCUGCAUCAAGAAAGCGCUGUUGAAUCCAGAAUGUGAUAAAGUGGUCCUGCUUCUUCACAGCCAAGGUGGCAUCGAAGGCGGACUUGUGAUGGAUUGGCUUCUGGAUGAAAUACCACAUGAUAUCCUCUGCAAAUUAGAGAUUUUCACAUUCGGAUCUGCUGCAAAUCAUUUCAACGCCCCCCGAUGGACGAAGCUAGCAAGCCCUGACAUUAUCUCAACAACUGAUUUGGUGCAUCAACAUGGAAACUCAAUUGGCUACAUUGAGCAUUACGCUAAUGCGGCUGAUAUUGUGGCUCUAGGGGGUGUGCUUCAUUUCGUCGACAUUCCAAAUCGAUACAUGGGUCGCUUGUUUGUUCGUCCAAGCUCGGGACAUCUACUGAACCAACAUUACCUGGACAACAUGUUCACUCUGGGUCCUGACAAAAAGGUCCUUGAGUCAAACCAGUUCAUGGAUAUGGAGGUCGAGCCAUUUGCCUCUGGAAUACAUUCAUACAUCGAUUCUUCCCAUAGAGCCAAGUAUCGACCUAUAGCCCGAGACAAAGAUUUCCUCACUGCAUUGAGCCAGCAAACGCAAACAAACGGCGUAGAUGGGGUGCUUCGUGUCAAGGAUUUUAGCCGGCUUUGGCAGUACAGAAAUGGAAGAUCACCGGAAGUACAUGUACGCAGAAACACAGAUUGA